AUGCUUGUCGGCCUUGGAUCUUCGAGCUGGGCUCUUGGAAUCGCUGUUGCAGUGUUUACUUUUUUCUCUGGUGUCACUAGUAUCUUCCUGUUGGUUAUUAAUAUCCGAAAUGGGCAGCACUACAACUACGUAUCAAUACUAGCCAUCGUUGUUGCUUUGGGGAAUUUCAACAGCUUUGUGCAGCAGAUUUAUACUCUUCUGCAUUUCUCAGACCUCAUGCUUGAGGCGUUCCGAUUGGCGACACGGAUGUUUCAAUGUAACGGAAAUGAGCCAUUCCCUCUUUUCCACACAAACGACAAAUAUGUCUCUGCCUUCCUCUCACUACAAAUGUAUUUUGUCAACUCGCAAGGCCUCCUCUUUUUCUACUGGUCCUUGAUACUCUUCUCCUCAUCAUGGUCCCUCAGUCCCGUCUGGUGGAAAAAUAAAAAAAUAAUCAUUAGUACCAAAAUCUCCUGCUUCGCCCUGCCCGCAAUUCAACUCGGUCUCCUGCGCCUAGAGUCACUCCGCGAUAAAGAUCUUGCGCAACUAAUACUCAUGAACUGCAUCAUCCUUGUAAACAUCGGCAUGGGAUCCGUCUUCCUGGUUCUCACCCUUAUCCACGUUAUCACCAUUCACCGCCAAGCAAAAGGAGCCACCGAGGUCCGCCUCUCCCGCACGUAUGACGGAGUUGUCGAGUUCCGCCCGCGGCUCGACCAAACCCUUGAGAAGGGCAGAAAACGUACUGGUCUCGGCCGCCUUUACAUCGGCUCUGACGGCUGGCUUAUAGCGCGCAUCGCACUGGCUUUCGUUAUGGUCGAGGGCCUGCAAAUCUACACGAUAGUGAUGCAGAUCUUCUUCCUCCAGCGGUGGGCACACUUCCGGAUAGAGUGGUCGCGAGGACUACUCGAGCCGCUCAUUGACCAGAGCGAGGAGUUUGCCAAUAUCUGCUCCCCGAUCCCGGGCAGCUUCACGGGGUAUCUGUUUUUCCUUGUGUUUGGGACGACGAUGGAGUCGCGGGCAGAGAUACGCAGGAUGAGGGUUGCGGUGGGGCGAUGGUUUUGCCGUAGUAAGGCUUCUAGUAGAGACGAUGAAGAGGGGCGCCCAAAAGCGCAAAAGGUAGGGUCUAGCUUCGAGCCAGACGCGGAGUUUCUAGCGAUGCCAUCGCCGGCAGGGACUGUGUCAUCAACGCUGGCCUCUGAUGGGACAUCACCUGGGCUAUCUGCGCCGUUAGCUUCUAAAUCGCAGGGAUUGGGCUUUGGCUUCCAGUUUGGGUUGGAGGCAAAUAAUGGGUUGCGGAUAUAUACGCCGCCGCAGAUCUUGACUAUGCCUGUUACGCCGACGCCGCCGCCGCAGAUUAGUUUUGGGGAGGGGCAGCAUCAGACAUAUCACUAA